AUGACCUCUUCGAGCCGCAACCCGUUCGAUUCUUACAUCUCUACCAACGGGAAUCAGUCUUUCUUCAUGAAUGCCCCAAAUGCCCAAUUGACCGACUCGGUGGUCAAAAGUGCCGACACUGCCCCGCCCGGCGACCUUCCUAAAGGCUCCAGUGUGAAUUUCGGGAACGGUGCAGCGGGUAUCAUUGUCAGGAACACAGUCAUCGCGUCUUACUCAGGGGGUGGGAAGGAUGUAGACCUCACGAAAUUCUUAACUGAGACACCUAUGCUACCAUUGGCUGCGGGUGGAUUUCCAGCAGGAUAUACCAGCACCCACAACACCCAGCAAACGGCUGUACACCAGCAGUACAUGGCAUCCGCCGGUCCCUACACGUCCAAUAUGGUGGUUGCUGGACCACCUCUGCAUACCAACGACGCUCACCUGCAUCCAAUGGCAACACCGCAACCUAAUACGUCUUCUUGGGCGAACGGGACGAUUCGAACACCAGCCCGUACCCCGUCCCCACAAAAUCCGGUGCACCGCACUCACCAUGGAGGCAACCGGAACUGUUAG